GCAAUAUUUGAAACUGCGCCGAGAGAGGAGAAUCUCCAUGGGCUCACCAAUACUUCAUUACCUCAUCCUAAUCGAUUCCUCGGCUUUUCAACCCCAUUGAUCCACCAUCAACAAUUCAGAAUUACCUCAACCAAUAACACAUACCUCGAAUGCCAAUCAUAUGCUCCACACACUUCACCUUCUUCAUUUCCCAUCUCCUUCAAUCACACACACCACCACUCUACUCUGCAAAAACCAUAACAACCCCCAACCACAUUUUUGCCUUUCACUCCUAAUUCUUCCUUAUACAUUACUCACUCAAGGUUCCGACCCAAAGAGACCGGAACAAACAUCACACACCUCCAACGCCAUCAUCAUUCACACACAUGAUUCUCUGUCAACACCGACAACCAGUAUCCCAUCUUCAUCUCGUUUCUCUCGGCCUAUGCAAUUUUCAUGAUAAACCUGCCUCCUUUUCACCAAUACACUGGCCUUUAGUUCAACAACCAUACAACUUCCAAUUCCUUCGAUAGACCUAAACUAACAUUCAUUCGCUACUCUCUCAGACACACCCAUAACCACCCCAACAGAAUCACCUCCCAUCACGUUUUCAUCAGAAACCACCCAUUCAAACUCACCUUCAUCAAUUCCCUCCCCUUAAUCUUUAGAGAAAUUCAACUUAAGCAGUGACCGCAACCCAUUUUUCCUCCGUCACAUUCAACUCUCAAUUCCUCCACUGUGCAUGUCUUCUUUUAGGAAAACAAUUCUUUCGAUUCUUUGCGCUUAGGAGCUCGGAGAGUGUUGAAUUUGUCGAAGAUGUCGCGGUUUCCGUUCUUCAAACGGUCGAACACGAUUCAUUCUGAGCACUCGCAGAAACCUUACCUUCCUCAAAGCCAGCAGAGUCUGGACCGGUCCGGUUCGUUGAAUCGGUUCUACAGAUCCACCGAGUCGGCAAAAACCUCAAUCCGCGGGAAAUGGUGUGGAAGCUCUGUACCUUGUUCGAAUCCUCCUCGAAGAAGGCUCCAGAAUUGGAGUCCCAAUCGGAAUCAAAAGCACGUUGGGACUCGAGCACGACGAUGACAACGCCGUUUCGGUUGUCCGAGACAAAGGAGCGAAUCGUGGUGUAUUUAACGAGCCUGCACGGGGUUCGGUGAACGUUCGAGGACUGCAACGCGGUGCACAUGAUCCUGAAGGGGUUUAGGGUUUGGGUGGACGAGAGGGACGUGUCGAUGGACCUAGCUUACAGGGAGGAGCUACAACGCGCGUUAGGCGAGAGCCAUGUGGUGCUGCCUCAGGUUUUCGUGCAAGGAAAGUACGUCGGUGGCGCUAAGGUGAUCAAGCACUUGUUCAAGACUGGGGAACUGGAGAAGAUCAUUCUGGAAAGCUUCCCCAAUCUGAAACCCGACUUCGUAUGUGAGCAUUGCGGGGAUGCGAGUUUUACAGGUUCUACCUCAAAAUGAAGGACAAAACUACAUAUAUGGAAUGCUUGCAUUCCCAUUACUCGAGCUUGGGCAAAUGGAGGAGGCUGAGAAAGCUGCCAGUAGGGGAUUUGAGAUCAAUAAGGAAGACAUCUGGUCACAGCAUGUUUUAUGCCAUGUGCUUCAGUACAAGUGUUGUUUUAGAGAAGCUGUUAAGUUCAUGGAAGAAUGUUCAUCAUCUUGGUGUUCUGCUGCAUCUUUCAUGUUGACACACAAUUGGUGGCAUGCAGUCGUUUGUUACUUAGAGGGUAAUGCUCCUACACAAAGAGUGUUAGAGAUAUAUGACAAUUAUAUAUGGAAGGAGCUAGACAAAGAUGAUUCUAUGAAGGCAGAGGUUUACUUAAAUGCUGCUGGUCUGCUUCUACGAUUGUAUGUACGAGGAGAAUUGGAUAUCUAUGGUGAUCGUCUCAAGUUGCUUGCUGAGUGUCUAACUAAUGAGGUGGAAUUUGACACGUGGGUGGUGGUUGUAUUUUUUGAAUUGGAGAAAUUGUGUAUGGGAGUUGAAGACGAUGGAUUUAGAAGUUUGAGAAGGGUGGUGGUGCAUGAUCCGUGGAUUGACAUGUACGGGGCAAUAGUUUGAUGAUGAAGUUGUGGUUAUGGGUGAAAGAGUGUGACACGCGGCAAAGAAUCUUCCAGGAGGUGAAAAAUGAAACAGGAUUAGGUAAGAGGGGAGGCAACAAAACCAUGUUACAGAGGAGAAUCCUAACUAAAAACGUCCCCGGAAGUAGGGGUUACAUCAUAUGUCAGUUCACAUUUUUCUUCCCACUAAUUAACUUAAUACGAGACAAAGCUUACACAAAGGAUUCCCCACAUCAAUAAUAGAAAAAGGUAUUAUCUUGAAUUAGCCAAUCUUCUAAAUGUUGGUGACCGAUUGUAUGAUGAAGAACUAUAUGAAGCUGCCAAAAUCAUAUUUGCCUUUAUAUCUAAUUGGGCCAAGUUAGUAGUUACACUUGUGAAGUUGAAACAGUUCCAAAGUGCAAUUGAUGCAGCAAGGAAAGCUAACAGUGAAAAAACAUGGAAGGAAGUUUGCUUUGCCUGUGUUGAUGCAGAGGAGUUUCGUUUGGCCGAGAUAUGAGGGCUUAACAUUAUUAUUCAGGUGGUUUGUGGCACACGUGGUUUGACCGAGACUUAGUGUGACCUUUGUUUCAUACUCUUAUCAUCAUGUUAGGAUUGAGGAACCUAUAAUGCAGAUUCCAACUUUGUUUUUCCCUUUUUUAAUAUCAGAUACCAGGUUUUGCUGGGAACAAAAAAGACUUUGAGGAUAACCUACUAGAAAGUUCUUAAAAAUUUAUUACUUGCAUUGAGAAGUAUUUGCAUAUCUCAAACUAUUGGAGGAAAUAGGAAAUAAAUGUAUUUUUGAAUGUUUGUAUAUGCUGCUCUUUAGACACAUUGUAAGGGAUUUGUUAUUUGUAAUUGGAGAUAAACAUUUGGUAUUAUUUUUUAAAUUUGGCAAUUGUAUUUGACUUUUAUCAGUAUAUGAAACCGUUAGUUA